AUGGAUCGCACGCGCCGCACUGCCGGCGACGCCAUCCUGCCCGCCCGUGCAGCUGAAGGAUGUGUGAGUGUAGGAGGAGGAGUAUGUUCAUCGCGCUCCAGAGCCAUAGCCGAUACACCCUCGUUUAUCUUCCUUUGGGUUGGUGAUGGUGUUGGUCUUGAACAAGGCCGUCAAUGUUUGAAGAAGUGGGGAUUUCGUAGAUGUGAGGAUAUAUGCUGGGUCAAAACCAACAAGAAAAAUGCAACACCUGGUCUGCGCCAUGACUCAAAUACAUUGUUUCAGCAUUCAAAGGAGCAUUGUUUGAUGGGCAUAAAAGGAACAGUCCGGCGCAGCACUUAUGGGCAUAUAAUCCAUGCAAAUAUUGACACCGAUAUAAUAAUAGCUGAAGAACCUACUGAUGGUAUCGUUAAAGGUUGA